AUGGUUUCUACGCGUCAGCAUCCCCAGGGCAAUUUCCCAGUGUCUGCGCCCUCGCCUGUGAAGAAAAGCUCUCGCACAUCCACCGCAUCGCCAGCACCCAGCUCACCAACCAUUGGUUUGUCGUCGUCUUCAGAAUCGCUUGCCAGACGCGCAGUCUCCAGCACGGCGACUGCGAUUUCUGAUACCGUAACUGUAGCCUCCAAAGCUGUCGAUGUUGCUGCUCCUCCCUCGUCAUCUGAGAUCGACGAGUCUGCAUGGUGCCACACUGCCUCCAACAUCACUAUCGUUUGGCUUACUGUUUCCAUCCCGCUAGUCAUUUGGGAUUCGCUGUACAUAUUCCUGCGCCCCCACACCAUGGCUGGCGGGAAGCUUCAAUGGCCGAUUUGGAAACCGUACGAAAUAUACGCAAAAAUUGAUCACGUGUAUGGGUGGCCAGGGUGGGAAAGUGGUGAUGGUUUUGGCGGCGCGCAGGCUGCACUCAAUGCCAUUGAGUGCAUUUUGUAUGGUCUGUACGUUAUGAUCAUCUACAACCACAGUCUUCCCGCGGCCGCCGGAACUGGGUUUCAGGCGGGCAAGGGUAUCGGCACGUGGCUUGCGGGUGGGAGGAAGGUGCGUGGUAAGACGGGUAACCGCGCGCUAAUUAUUGGAUUUGCAGCUGCCGUCAUGACCCUGAGCAAGACCGUGCUGUAUUACUUCAACGAGUAUUUCUCUGGCUUUCACAGUAUCGGACACAAUGACUGGCUGACCAUAUUUUUCUUUUACGUGAUCAUGAACGGACUAUGGUUCUGGCUAUCAGCGUACAUGACCGUCGUCUUCGGUUCUGAUAUCCUUCGGGCUCUCGACAUCGCAUCCGAAAGAACCUCUAGAAAGGAAAAUUAG